AUGCGCUCUAAGAAUAAUAAUAAGUAAGUUUUAAUCAAUAAUUUGUUUUUCUGGUUUAAAAUGAAGAAAUAAAUCUAGUAUAAAAUUGAACAAGGAGAAAGUUAAAAAAUUAUUGAACAAAAAGAAAAAAUUUUUGUUUUUUUGGUUGAAGAUAAAGCCUAUUUUUGA